UGGGUCUUUGUUGAUGAUAGAGAUGGGAACAAAAAAAAUUGCUUUUAAAAUACUUUACCAUUCUUAAGAUAGAAGACUAAGACAUAUAAUAGUGGAUGUAUUGUUCCAACCAAACUGCAGAAUUUCUUUUCCCAAAAGGGCACGCCAUCUUUCCAUUCUGGAGGAGGUACAGGAUCGUAAACUCUAGGAGGCAACCUUGGAGCUCGUCAAUGACUGAAAGUUUUAAUUGCCCAUUACACCCAAACCGAAAUGCACAAAACCCAAAACCCAACAAAGAAAAUGAAGAAAACCCACCGUAUAAUACUUGAGAAAAUCUAAGUGGAAUCGAGGGUGGAGCCAAGAGUCAAGUGGAGGCAAUUGUCCUUGACCCUGCAAAAAAAUUAUUAAACAAUUUAAGCAGCAAUUUUGAAGAGAGAUAAAGGAAAGGGGAAACAGAACCAAAACAUGGCAUGCCUUCAUGCCAUCAUGGAUAGAGGACAUCAUGUUACAAUUGAUAUUGAAAAAAUGGUAUCUUUGAUAAAAGAUACGUCCAUGUCGCCCAAAUGUUGCAUCUUCAAAACCCCCAUCAUACUUCGCAGGUUAAAUGUAAAAGCUUAUGUCCCGGAUGCAUUUUCUAUUGGGCCUUUCCAUCAUGGCGACGGUCCAAAGUUGAAGGCCACAGAAAAUAUUAAAAUUAAGUAUUUGCAAGGCCUUCUUUCUCGAUCACACUCUCCGAAGGAAAGGUUGAGGAAUUUAGUCAAUUCCGUCAUGGAUGUGGAGAAAGAGGCUCGUGAGUGUUAUGCUGGGCCAAUUGAUUACGAAACAAAUGAUUUUGUAAAAAUUCUGGUUAUUGAUGGGUGCUUCAUUAUUGAGUUGCUACGCAAGUCUGCUUAUGCAACACUUAGAGAAAAAGAUGACCCAAUUUUCACCAUGUCUUGUAUGCUAGAAUUUCUAUACCAUGACUUGAUAUUGCUAGAAAACCAAGUACCGUGGAUGGUACUUGAGCUUUUGUUCAACAUGACCAUCGGCCCAGAACACCGCCAUCCCUUAUGCGAACUUGCCCAAAAAUUUUUUAUUAACAUUUUCUCUCUCGAACCACUUCAUAUAGAUUCCCCUAAUUAUAUCGAGGACAUCAAGCAUAUCCCCGACCUGAUUAGAAAAUGGAUGAUUUCAUUAAUUGAAGAAGGUGAAGAAAGCUCAGAGUCGUUUUCAUGGAAGCACAUUCCUUCUGCCACGAGCCUUGCAGAGGCUGGAAUCAAAUUCAAACCGGGCAAGUCCAAAAGCAUCUUGGGCAUAAAAUUUGAUAAGGGGGUCCUGGAAAUCCCUCCAUUACUAAUUAAGGAGACAACGGAAACCACCAUUCGGAAUCUCAUCAGCUUUGAACAAUGCUACCCUAAUUGUGAUGCGAGGUUCACUUCCUAUGCCAUACUCAUAGACAGCCUCAUUAACAAUGCUCAGGACGCAGAAUUACUUGGCAAGAAUAAGAUGGUUUAUAACUGGUUGAGUCCAGAGGACACAGCGAAUUUCUUCAACAAGCUUUAUUACGAUGCUUUUGUCAAGAAAUACUAUUACGGAAAACUUUCCGGGAACCUGAAUUCGUAUUGCAAACAGAGCUGGCCAAAAUGGCGUGCUGUGCUUGUGCGCAAUUAUUUCGCCACUCCAUGGGCUAUUCUUUCAACAAUGGCCGCUGUCAUCCUACUAAUCCUCUCUUUUCUACAAACUUGGUACACCAUAACCUAGUAUUACAACCUUCGAAACUGGUGAUAUAUUAGUGAUAUGUCAAUGAUCGCUGCUACAAAUGUUAUUACAUACUAGCUUGUAAUCUCCUCCAUACACAUGGAUGUAUUUAUAAAUAAACAAAACUUGUGAGUCCUUUUCUUCUUGCUCUUUUAUUUGGAUUAGGAGGUCUUGCAACUCUGCUGCCCACGAGGCUGUAAAGUUUGCCUUAUACUCCGACGCAUCUUUUUGUUUUUUUAUUAAGGAUAGUCUACCAGCAG